AACCAACUUCUACACUGGCUCCCCAAACGCUCCGAGGAUCAGAUAUGCGUUCGGCCGGACCGUCUGACCCUUUGUGAGGGUUAAAGUGCACCAUUUCUAAUCUUCUGAUAGCGUUUUAAGGCUCCUGGCGACGCGUCAAAAAUGAUGCGCUUCCUGCUGCUCUUCAGUCGCCAGGGGAAGCUGCGUCUGCAGAAAUGGUUCACGCCCAUUCCAGAACGCGAGAAGAAGAAGAUCAUAAGGGAGAUGACCAGCCUGGUGUUGGCCCGGCAACCACGCUCCUGCAACUUCCUGCACUGGAAAGACCUGAAGAUCAUUUACAAGAGGUAUGCAAGCUUGUACUUCUGCUUGGCCAUAGAAAACCAGGAGAAUGAGCUAUUAGCCCUGGAGGUUAUUCAUCGCUACGUGGAGCUGCUGGACAAAUACUUUGGCAAUGUGUGUGAGCUGGACAUAAUCUUUAACUUUGAAAAGGCCUAUUUUAUCCUGGAUGAGUUUCUAAUGGGAGGAGAGAUACAAGAAACCUCCAAACAGAUUGUGAAUCGCUGCAUCGAAUCCUCGGACAUGUUACAGGAGGAUGACAGCAGUGAGUGGUAUGAGGUGGAGCUGUUUGGAUGACCUUGAAUAUGGACAGAAAGACCAUGGAGGAGUAUAUGAGCAAACCUGCAUUUUAACCUGUGGAUUAAAGGGCAUUGAAAAAAAACAAAACAACAACAACAGCGGGGAGGAAUACAGGAGCCGGAUGUACUGUAUGUGAGUCAAAGAAGAUUCUGAAAUGGACUUUUAUUCACUGAACAUUUUAGUAAAGAAGGCAUAUCAAAUGCCUGCUUGCUUUCUGCCUGAAGCACGUCUGCAUGUGUUUUCAUUUGAGAGUUGUUUUUUUUCAAAGAUUCUUUCACACCAUGUGCUGUUAUUAAAAUGAAAUGAAGUCGUAAUAAAGGACGGGGAGGGAGGGGUUGAAAAUCGUAACAAUGAAGUGAUUGUAGAUUUCUAAAUGUGUCACAUUUACAUUUAAAUCAUGUCUUAAUAUAUUGGAAGUGAGUGAUUUCAGUCUGGAAAGAGCCUGAUUUGUUUCUUCUUUGUUUUUUUUGUAAACCGUUCUACUCCGCCACUCGAGUUUAUAUCUCAAACACGUCUUAAGAAAAAAAAAAAACACACAUUACUGUGGAGUUACAACGUUUUGCUUCCUCGCGAGCCAAUAAGCGACUGCGAGAAGUUUCUUACCGUUUAACAUAUUACAUGUGUGGGACUUAGUUUUUAAAGGAGCAGUUGCUAGCGUGGGUGUGAGUCAGUUUGUUUUAUAAUGUGGAAUUUACGCUGUUAUGAUUAAAUGUUUAUUUUGAUAAGCAA